CCCAGCCCCAAUUGAUAAAUUCUCCAGUCGCAAACAGCAGAAUGACGCCUCUUCCCAAAUCGCAAUAGACCUCGCCACCCCUGUGUGAACAUUCCGAAGACGUCCGUCAGCACCUCCUAUCAUAGACACCCACGGCCCUAGCUUUUCCACCUAUGAAACGGACGGCGGUGGAGUCCACGUUACGCUGUCAGAAACAUUCAGUCUCUUCUGCCACGAGAUAAUACCUGUCAAGGUCUCGCACCGCCAAGGUUCAUUUACGUGACUUCACUCUAUAAGGAUGCACACUUUCUCCGCUGAAUUUUCAAACAGCAGGGAAGGAGCGGCCCCGGAGAACUGCGCAGGCGCCUCUCCUGGCCCUGGACACCGCCUACAGGGCACUGGUGUCUGCGUGGAGAAACUCGCGGAGCCCCGCCUGACUCUCAACGCGCAGGCGCGAGGGCGCGUGCCCUGCGCUACCAGCUCUGAUUGGCUGCCUCGUCUGAGAGCACCGCCCAAUGGGAGGCGUGGAUAGUGAAGGGUCCCACACUCCUGGAGUGGAGGGUCUGUGUCAAGAGCGGCAGGGGCUGCUUGGAGAUACCUGACUAUAGUGGCUACGACAGGCUCAGAGACAUGGGACCAUGAGAGGCUGAGGCAAAAACCUUGGACUACAACUUGAUUGACAGACUGGCACUGCCUUCUCCAUAAUGGCAGAGAUGGUGGCAGAGGCAGCUGAGAUACCAACACAAUCACCAGGAGCAGUGGAAAUUUCAACCGCCUUGUCAGGAGAGCUGGCAGAGAUGGCAACAGCAGUGACGGAGAUGACCUCUGGGGAGGCCCUUGCCUCGUCCCUCUUCUUCCAACACCACCAGUUCAUGUGCUCUGAGUGUGGCAGCCUCUACAACACCCUGGAGGAGGUCCUCGCCCACCAGGAACAGCACCUGCUCACCAUGUCAGAGGAGGAGACGCUGACCCAGGACACAGGCCUGGAGCCUGAGCUAGUGCCUAGCGCUGGAGGGGGACCUUUCCAGUGUGGUGAAUGCAGCCAGCUCAUCCUCUCUCCCAGCGAGCUCCUGGCCCACCAGGAUGUCCACCUGCAGGAGUCUGCAAGCCAGAUCCAGUACCAGUGUGGAGACUGUCAGGAGCUCUUCCCCUCACCUGAGCUGUGGGUAGCUCAUCGCAAAACUCAGCACCUUUCCAUUGCAGCAGAGCCGCCACCUCCUUUGCCUCCCCCAACACCCCCAUCCCCACCACCAGAAGUCAAGAUGGAGCCCUACGAGUGCCCCGAGUGUUCCACCCUCUGUGCCACCCCUGAGGAGUUCUUGGAGCAUCAGGGCACCCACUUUGACUCCCUGGAGAAAGAAGAGCACAAUGGGUUAGAAGAGGAGGAAGAAGAUGAGGAAGAGGGGGAGGAGGAGGAUGAAGAUGAUGAUGAAGAGACCGAUGAGGAGGAAGCAUCCACAGAGCUCACUGCUGAUGGCACGAGAGGUGACAAGUCCACAGCUGACCCGGCUCAGAGCUGUGGGGAUUGUUCCCAGCACUGUACCUCUUUAGGGGCACGCCGCAAACACCGAAGGGCAUCUCAUGGCCCAGCAUCAGCAACCCACGCCUUCCACUGUAGCCAGUGUCAGCGCAGCUUCAGCUCAGCCAACCGGCUGGUGGCUCAUGGCCGGGCCCACGUGGGUGGUACCCAUGAGUGUACCACCUGCUCCAAGGUCUUCAAGAAGGCAGCCUCUCUGGAGCAGCACCAGCAGCUGCACCGUGGGGAAGCCCGCUAUCUCUGUGUGGACUGUGGCCGUGGCUUUGGCACUGAGCUCACACUGGUGGCCCAUCGGCGGGCCCAUACUGCCAACCCACUGCACCGCUGUCGUUGCGGCAAGACCUUCAGCAACAUGACCAAGUUCCUGUACCAUCGACGAACUCACACGGGGAAAAGUGGAACCCCCACCAGGGUAGCCACUGUCUCCCCAGCUCCAGCUGAGCCCACACCCCCACCCCCACCCCCACCCGCCCAGCUGCCCUGUCCACAGUGCCCCAAGUCCUUCGCCUCAGCCUCCAGACUCUCCAGGCACCGGCGGGCCGUGCAUGGCCCCCCUGAACGCCGACACAGGUGUGGGGUCUGUGGCAAGGGCUUUAAAAAGCUCGUCCACGUGCGCAACCACCUGCGGACACACACAGGCGAGAGGCCCUUCCAGUGUCACUCCUGCGGCAAGACCUUUGCUUCUUUAGCCAACCUCAGCCGCCACCAGCUGACCCACACAGGAGUGCGUCCCUACCAAUGCCUGGACUGUGGCAAGCGCUUUACACAGAGCUCCAACCUGCAGCAGCACCGGCGGCUACACCUUCGACCUGUGGCCUUUGCGCGCGCCCCUCGCCUUCCCAUCACCGGUCUCUACAACAAGAGCCCCUACUACUGUGGGGCCUGCGGCCGCUGGUUCCGUGCCAUGGCAGGCCUUCGGCUGCAUCAGAGGGUCCACGCCCGAGCAAGGAGUUUGACACUACAGCCUCCCAGAUCACCCUCUCCGGUCCCACCCCCACCCCCUGAACCUCAGCAGACUAUCAUGUGCACAGAGCUUGGGGAGACCAUCGCCAUCAUCGAGACAUCCCAGCCGCUGGCACUGGAGGACACACUGCAGCUCUGCCAGGCAGCACUGGGGGCCAGUGAGGCGAGCGGACUGUUGCAGUUGGACACGACCUUUGUGUGACAUGGUGCGAGAGAAAUGAGAAAAGGGGUUUGCUUACAAGCUUGACUCUAGGCACCCCUCCUGGCAAGCCAAUCUGGCACCCACAUGUCAGGGUCCACCCUGCUGGCCUCUUCUAACUGCUGACUCCUCAGGGUUUCUCCUGUCACCUUUCCCUGCCCAAGGUGAAACUGAAGCUCUGAGAAGUGAUGUGAUGUCUCAGUCCCUACAACUGCACUGCAGACUGGGGUUUGCCAAGGCUCUUUGCACGGCAUCACCCGGUGCUCAGCAACGUCAGGUAACCUUUAUUGAGCACCAGCCAUAUGCCAGGCCUGUGCCAGACACUCCCAUAUACCUCUUCAGGUCUUCUGCUUAUAACUCCCACCCCUACCUACCCUCCCAGGACUUGGGGUGUUGGGACUUAGCUCUACCCAGUAUAGGAAGGCACUUAGUUUCAUGGGGCUUGCUUCAUUUCAGUUUUGACAGUAUGAAAAGAAAUCUGUAGGUGACCCCAGUACUCAGCCCAGCCAGGGUGACAUUGAGGACCCAGGAAUGAAGCAGUCAUAGCUCCACACUCAGGCAUACUCAGCCCAGCAGGGGCAACUGACUGAAGUACAGACAGCUAUACAGACAUUUGCCCCUAUAUAGACAGUGCUGCCUAUGGCUCAUUCAGCCUGUGUGCCCAAGGCUUCCCUCACACACCGUGAUGCUGCAGGCUAAAGGAGAGUCAGGUCUAAGGAUUCCUGGGCUGAGUGGGGAUGUGCAGGGACAAUGGAACUGAGAACAGACUUCCUAGUGGCACCAGUUCCUGAAGUAAAAGUAGGAAUCUUCUAGAACAAGAGGAAAAUAAUCUUUCAGGCAGGCCAGCCAGUUACACUGCAGUACUGCUCGGCAGUAUCAGGCAGGACACUUAAUGUCCCUUAGGCCUGAAAUGGACCUGUGUACCAUCCUGGUUGUACAAGUAAGGAGACAGCCCAGAGAAUGCCCAGGGUCUCAGGCUGGGUAGAGGUACUGUGAGAUGGGAAUGCAAUUCUUAGGCCCAUCUCUAUUGUUCUGAGGAAGACCUGACCCCUCAGUGUCCACAAAAAACACCUGGUCCAUCCCUUGACCCAGAGCAGCCAUGCUCACCCUGCUUCCUAACUGGUUUGAAUGAAAGAAAGAUGAGAUCAGUCCUGCAGAGCAGAAAGGAACUCCUGGGGCUGAUACAAGCAUCUACCAGGGCCCAGAAUCUUGGACUCCCCUCAAGGAUAUGUUCCAAAAUUACUUUUUCUGCAUCAGUAGAAUCCAUCAGGAGGAUCCAAAGUUGCUCCCUCCCAGGUCCCCUCUCUUCCUGGAACAUCCUACCCACUCACUGCUUGGCACCAUGUAGAGAUACCAUUUCUUUCUGCCCAUGGUCCCACCAUCUGGCUCCAGCAUAUUUUAAAAGUCAAGGGAAAGAGCCAGGCAGAGUGGCACAAGCCUGUAAUCACAGUAUUUGUUGGGAUUGUAAGGCAAGAUGAUCUUGAGUUCCAGGCAGGCCUGAGCUAAACUGGAAGACUAGCUCAAAACCAGAGUGGGGGAGGAGAGGGAGGGAAGAGCUAAACUCUCAACCUCAACCUUCCCAAGGUUGCCGCUUGCCAAUACCCCUAAGAGAAGUGAAGCAGGUGGGUACCAUGCUUCAGACAGGGCACCUUAUAUGCCUUGGGAAUCUGCCUGUCCGCAUACAGACCCAUCCCACUGAGUCUACAGGCAAUUAGACAUUCUGUCUGAGACUCAUCAUCCAGGGUCUCACUGAUCACCCAGGAUGCUCAUCCUUUCCUUUGUUAACAGAGAGUUUGCGCCAGGAAAUGGGACAGGAUCCACGUCUAUGGUGGACAAGCAUUAAGUGACACAGGGGUUUCUGGCCUCUCAGUGUCCCCCAGCCUGAAGUGGAACUCAUUCCAAACCCUGAACCCUUCACUUUGUGGAAACAGGCAGCCAGACAGGAAGAAGGGUUUCAUGCCAAUAAUUUAUUGAACGGAGGUCUGUACACAGGCAAACCUUACUGUGGAAACUAAGACACCAGGGGCUCUCCCUACUCCCCUCCUUCCAGGAUGGGGAGAGGGAGGAAGCCUUGGGAGCAGAGGACAAGAGGGGGUACAGCUGAGGGGGAGGGCAGGUUGGAUGGUGUGAAUCGACGUUUUCUUUAAGAAAAAAAUUAUAACAAUCUAUUUACACCCAGGGGGCCAGGAAAGGGAAGAGGAGAUGGGCUGGGCUGGUUCUAUUUACAAGGGACAUGAGAGAGGGGGGAAGGAGUGGUAGCCUGGGGGAGGGGAAGGGACCAAAGGGGUAGAAGGUCCUCAUACCCCCAAACCCCGUCCUUCCUUCUCUUCCCUCCCCCACAAACAGUUAAAAUCCUCUUUAAAAAGCCCACCACAAAGGUGAGGCUGGUGAGGGAGGCCUCGAUGCUGGGGUAGUUCAUUUACCUCUGCCCUCUAGUCUAGGGGCCCAGCCAGGGCAGGAGCUUGAUGGGCUAUGGCCCCCUUCCCAGCCCCAUUGGGCCUUCCCAGAUGGACGUGGAGGGGUAGUCGGUGGGGCCCUCAGGAAGAGUUAGUGAGGGAAGCUGUGGCAUCAGGUGCCUGCCAGUCUGGGCCAGUCUGAGUCUCAGUUAAAGCUGAAGGAAGGAGAGGGAAGGGGGGACAGUUGGCUUUUGCAUCACACCCCACACCCACAAGAGAAUAACUUGCUUCAAAAUGCUAUGCAAGAAGUUGACAGCUGUCACUCUGGGUUCAGGGUUACAAUCUCAGUUGCCAAAGGGCCAGCCUGACACUAAAGUGGCUUACACCAAGGAGCCAGGCUCCAUGGAAGAAAGGGGGCAGCUGGACACUGUUCUGUCAGGAGAAAGGCAGACCUGUAGCUGCCAAGCCUGAUCUUCUUCCCCCUAAGAAACAGGAAAUCUGGGUUUUUACCCAGAAUGGCCCAAUCUUCAAAUGUGGGAAACUUUUUGUUUAUUUGUUCAGACCAAAGAAAUGUUUGGUCUUCCAGUUGGCAUUUAAACACAAAUGUGGGCAAUACUGCCCUACAAAGCUGGUUGCCGUCUGUGCCGUCAGAUGUCAACAACUCAAAACCCACAGGGAAUGUUAGAAGCCAAGGACAACCCUCCCCUGACCCUCAGCACACACGUUCCCCAGCUUACCUUGUGAGGACGAGGUGAGGGCAGCAGGGCCUGCUGGGGACCUCAAGUGAGGAGGGAUGAGAAUGGCAUUGAGAGAUGGUUGGAUGGACAGUUCUAGAGACAGGAAUUGACAUGCUUAGUAGAGGAGAGGUAAGGCUUAUGGAAAGCCAGUUAGGGUUAGGAUAGGGCACAAACAAGGACGCAGUUACUGGCAAUGCCAGGUGACAGAGACUUUAGCCACCAGACUCUUAGGUAGAGAUACCUGGCUGAGCCCCGGGCCAUCUUGUACCCGCUCAGCUCCCCAGUCCUGUUCAACACCCAGCCUCUCCGCUGGCCCCAGGCUAUACUUACCACCAGGACUGAAGUUGAACAGGGGGGGAAGCGGGCGGUUGUUGGGGAGCUGGGUUCCAAGACUCCGCAGUUCAUCAAAGAAGCUGUGGGCACAGGCCUCUAGUGGGGAGAGCCUUGAGGAUGGCGUGUACUCCAGCAGGCUAGAGCAGAGUGCAAUGGCCUCAGGCGGUGUCCGAGAUUUGAACACCUGUGGGUUAAUUCAGAGGGUGAGAGGUGCUAUAACACCCGUGUCCUGUGCCCUCCCGUGGCAGCCUGCUUCCCAAACACCCACCUCCCUGGUAAGGAGACAAACAAUGAGAUGGGCGCUGGCUCAGGGUCCAUGAUUUGUGACUCCUGGUGCAUACUUGCUACCAUAUAAAUGGGAAUCUUGUAUUUACCCAUGAGUUCUCAACUUUUAAAAUUCUAUAAACUUCACAAUAACAAAA